AAGGAGCCGAAGGAUUAAAACAUAAUACAGUAGGGAGCAGCAGGAAGCAGCAGCUAUGUCGAACCCAGCGUGUGCAGAGCUCUACACGAGCAUUAUUGAGGACGUGAUUGUCGAGUCCAGACAGGACUUUGAAAACGCAGGUAUUGACGAGCAGACGUUGCAGGACCUACGGCAAAUCUGGCGACAACGGUUACUGGCGUCGAAGGUGGCGGUGUUUCCGUGGGGUGACCCAGAGGAGCAGGGCGACGGCGGGGCGGAUGCAGAGCACCAGGACGGUGGCGGAGUUGGCCAGACAGCAAACGAGGCAGAUGCAGACGCAAACGGAGAGGGAGACGCAGAUGAAGGGUUAUUCGGGGACGAGGACGACGAGGAUGAGAAGAAGGGCGUAUCCGUGGGGGUGAAGAACGAGGACGGAGCGGGGCUGGGGUUCCCGGACGAACAGACAGAGGCCGCCGUGGGCGGAGACGCCAACACGGACCUUCUCUCGGCGCCGGGUCUGAGUCAGAACGACGGACUGGUGGGUGUUGUGCCCGCCAAGCAAAGCAGACACGCGGGUGGCAGCUUCAGCGGGCGGUUUGAGAAGGGGGCGAUGCCCACAGUGACCUUCAGCGUGCGAAACAAUCAGCUGGAUGGGUCAUUCGACUACGGGUUCGACGACGACGAAGACGCCAACGGCUCGAGCAGGAAGGUUGUUGGCGGAGCCGUCAACGGCACAGGCAACUCUGCCACCAACCACGACGACGAAGAUGAAGACGACGACGAAGACGACGACGACGAUCUCGGGUCGGACUUGGGCGCAGACAGCGACGCCAUCAAUAGCGACCUAGACGAUUCCGACGACGAGGACGACGAAGAUGCAGACGGCGACGGCGAUGACCCGGACGGCGACGGCGCAGGCAAUGACAUCGAGCAGAACAUCAUGCUCUGUCUCUACGACCGUGUCCAGCGGGUCAGGAACAGGUGGAAGUGCUCCCUCAAGGAUGGCCUCAUGAACAUCAACGGCAAGGACUACGUCUUCCAGAAGGCUACAGGCGACUCGGAGUGGUGACCACCGUGUAGCAUCAGUCUAUUUAUCUAAGUAUCAGCCAAACAUUUCCCUGUAAAGUGACCAAAACAGGUACUCGACCAGCGCAAAGCUUUUUGUCCGUCU